GGCGCUUGGGAUUGGCCUGAGUCACAUGCACCGGCGUCUUCAACCAGCCAAAAAUCAGAUCUGUGGAGGAGCGCUGACUCUGGCAGCGAGAACGGCUGGUCUUCUCAGCCAUUAGGCGAUACUAGCCAGAAUGAGACUGCUUAUGGUGCAAAUAGUCGAAAUAGAAUGUCAGCAGCCAGGACAGGCUGGAAGGAAGAUUGA